AUGUUUGCUUUUCUGGUGCUGUCAAUGGUGUCAGUCCAAGGAGCUGCCCGAGCACCGCCAUGUGCAUUCGACGGCCGUGGCUACACCGACAUGAAAGUGACAUCACCCAGUGGUCGUGAGCUGGAUGCCACAAGUUGCCAGAAGGCGUGUCAGCUUGAACCAACCUGCGAGUUCUUCACGCACUACAACAACUCGCACAUGUGCUGGCUCAUGGGCAAAUCAGCAACGCUGAUGGACCAACCUGAUCCAAAGGCCACCAGUGGAGCCAAGAGUUGUACUUCAGGAGUUGGCCCUGGUGCGGCCAUCACCAUCACUGGCGACGCCUCUCCGGACGAAGUGGCUGCGGGUGUGGCAGUUGAGGCUGCAGCGGGCGCGCCGCUGGAACCGUUGCCGCCCGCGGUGGAGGAGAUCCACCGAAAAGCCGAAGCUGCCUAUGGUCGCAUCAUGGACCAGGCGACCAAGGUUGCUGACAUGCGAGUGGUUUCGACGAAGUUGCGUGGAGGGAGGAAGAAAACAACAACAUACUGGGAAGGAAACUACAUUCUCAUGGCGAUCCUGUUGACGGUCUAUGCCGGCUUCUGUUGUGUUGCCCUGUACCAAGGCUGGUUAGAGCGGCUUCAGAGGGAGCAGCAGGAGAUGCAAGCGAAGCUUUCACCACCGCAGGAUUUGGAGAUGGCUUCGGGAUCGGAGUCUGAUGGUGCCAGCCCGAACAAAGCAUUCGGAAUUUCAGGGGCGUCAACCAGAAUCCUCUUCCCGUUGCCGCGAGAGACUCCGCGGGUUUACUAUGAAUACACGGGAGUCACGGGAGGGGAGAACCAUGAAGAGCCCUGA